GCCUCAUAAUUUGAUGUUUUUGAGAAUGGAGUCCAAGUUUAAGGUGAAAUACUUGUUACUAAUAGUGAGUUUAAUUGUUCUUGGUGAUUCUAUACAGGUAUCCAAUGGGUGCCUUGAAGAUGAAAGACUGGGUUUGUUAGAUAUCAAGUCCUUCUUUUCAUCCCACAAAAUCAACCAAUUCUCUGCGAAUCCAUUUGCUUCUUGGGUUGGAGCUAAUUGUUGCAAUUGGGAUCGAGUUCGUUGUAAUAAUCUCACUUCUGGUGCCCAUGUUGUGGAGCUCUUGCUCAACCUCUUGUUAGAUUAUCGUGAUUUGAACCCUCCACGGUUGAAUGUUUCUCUAUUCCAAAAUUUUAAAGAAUUAAAAACUCUCGACUUAUCUAAUAAUAUGUUCUCUGGUAUCACUGACAAUCAAGGUUCAAAAAAAUUUCCAAAUUUGAACAAAUUAGAGACUUUAAAUCUGAGGGGAAAUUACUUGGGGAGUGAGCUAGUUUCAUCCUUCAAUGGACUUACAUCAUUGGACACAUUGUUGCUUGGCCAGGCUGGUUUGGGAGGGUCUAUCAAUUUAUCCGGUUUGAAAAACUUGAGAGAAUUAGAUCUAAGUAUGAAUAACUUGAACGGUACGGUACAAAUGCAAGGAUUGGAAAGAUUGGAGACUUUGUUUCUACAUGGAAAUAAGCUUAACAAUAGUAUUUUUUCGUCUAUGAGGGAACUUACAUCGUUAAGGAAUUUGUUACUUUGUUGUAAUGAUCUUGGAGGCAUCAUUCCUACCCAAGAUAUUGCACAAUUAAAAAUCUUGGAGAUGUUGGAUCUGUCCCACAACCAUUAUUAUGAUGGAGCAAUACCCUUACAAGAUUUGAAGAACUUGUCGGUGCUGGACCUAAAAUAUAAUCAAUUCAAUGGCUCCAUGCCAAUACAAGGAUUUUGUGAAACAAACAGUCUUUAUGAGUUGCGGAUUCAGAAUAAUCAUAUUAGAGGUCAAUUAUCACAAUGUGUCGGAAACUUUACUAAGCUUCAAUAUCUUGAUAUCUCAUCUAACCAAUUCAGUGGAAAAAUUCCAACCACCAUUAGCAACCUCACAUCAAUUAUGUACUUAUCUCUGGUUGAAAAUGACUUCGAAGGUCCAUUCUUAUUAUCCUCUUUGGCUAACUCCACGAAUCUCAAGUUUCUUAAGCUAUCGAAAACACAAGUGGAUACUGAAAAAUCUUAUUGGGUACCCAUGUUUCAGUUGGAGAUCCUUAUACUAAAAAACUGUGAACUUAAUAAGAAAACUACAUCCAAGAUUCCUAGUUUUCUAUUAUCACAGUCAAGUUUGAACUUCAUUGACCUUUCUCAUAACCAAUUGGUUGGAACAUUUCCUCUUUGGUUGUUACUCAACAACUCUGGAUUGUUGGUCUUAGAUUUGAGUAGCAACUUACUUACAGGAACUCUUCAAUUCCCCACUUGGAAACAGAAUUUGAAGUAUCUGCAAAUUUCUGACAACAAUUUUAAUGGUGAACUACCCAGUAAUGUUGGUCUCUUUCUCCCUGGAGUUUCUUACUUCAAUAUAUCAAGCAAUAGCUUUGAAGGUAAUCUUCCUUCUUCUGUAGAACAAAUGAAAGACCUAUUCUACUUGGAUACAUCGGAUAACAAAUUUUCUGGAAAUUUGAAAAUUUCUAUUUUCAAUAAUAUGUCUCAUCUACAAUGUUUGCUACUUGCAAAUAAUAACUUUAGUGGAAACAUCGAGUAUGGUUGGAACAAUAGUGCAAAUUUGGUUGCGGUGGACAUAUCCAACAAUAUGAUUUCAGGGAAAGUUCCCAACUGGAUUGGGAGUUUGACAAAUCUUCAAUUUCUUCGAAUAUCAAAAAAUCUAUUUGAAGGUGAACUUCCUGGCGGAAUUUGUUCUCUUCGUGAACUUCGGUUCUUGGAUGUCUCUCAAAAUAAAUUAUUUGGUGUGCCCUCUUGCCUCAACUCUUCAUCGUUGGUUUACUUAUACAUGCAAGAGAAUUUCCUCUCAGGGCAUAUACCACAGGCAUUUUCAAAUGGUUCAAAGUUGAAAGUUCUUGAUCUCAGCUACAACCAUUUUUCAGGACCUGUUCCUGAUUGGAUUCACAAACUUACGAGCCUACGAGUUCUCUUGUUGAAGAUGAAUCAAUUACAAGGUUCAAUUCCUCGACAAUUAUGUCAAGGUGAAGAAUUGAGUAUUAUAGAUUUUUCAAAUAAUAAACUCAGUGGAUCAAUACCUUCGUGCUUAAAUAAUAUGACAUUUGGGACAAUAAAGGGGAGUGAGUAUUCGACUAUUCUAAAAGUAGAAAAUCCUAAAAUUCCUAAUGUUGGUAUUCUACCUACGUAUUUUGGAAGUUAUCACAGAUAUUCCCUAGAAGAAAUAACCUUGAAUAUUAUGGGGCUGAUCGAAGUGGACUUUACUACCAAAAGUAGGUUUGACACUUACAAGGGUAAUAUUCUAGAAUAUAUGUCUGGUCUUGAUCUAUCAUGUAAUCAACUAACAGGGAAUAUUCCACUGGAAAUUGGAGACUUACCACAGAUUCAUGCCUUGAAUUUUUCGCACAAUAAGUUGGCCGGACCUAUACCAAAGGAAAUCUCCAACUUAAAAGAAUUGGAGAGCUUGGAUCUUUCCAAUAACUUUUUGAGUGGAAACAUCCCUUCAGAACUAGCUGGACUCAAUUCUCUUGCCAUCUUCAAUGUGUCAUACAAUAAUUUGUCGGGUAUGAUCCCUACAUCGCCACACUUCUCAACAUAUCCUGCAAGCAGCUAUUAUGGUAACUCUCAUCUUUGUGGGUCAUAUAUCGAACAAAAAUGUUCAAGCCCUAUUUUACUACCAGACAAUCCAUCUAUAAAGUUGGGAAAAGAACAUGAAGCGUUCGUUGAUAUAGAAGCAUUUCGUUGGAGUUUUGUUACCUCCUAUUUUACCAUACUUAUGGGAUUUGUCGUAGUUCUGUACAUCAACCCUCAAUGGCGUGAGACAUGGUUUUAUUUUAUUGAAGAUUGUUGUUCUUAUUUUUGCAAGUGUAUUUGAAAUAUAUUCUUCCACUGUUGUGUCAGACUUGAGAAAUCAGUCACUGAAAUGCUAGCUUUCUUCUUGGUGUGUUUGAUUA